UUAGUUGAGCUUUCAUAGUUUCUUGUUUUUUUUCCCUUUUAGUUCCUUAAUUUAUUUUAUUUAUCCGUCUGAACCUUUAGAAGAUCGAAAUGCAUUCUGCUCGUUCUCCUCGAUCUCCUUUGUGCCUGAAGAUUGAACAGUCUCUCAGCAGCCGGAUCAGCAACAUGGCACUGGACAAAGAAAACACGCCUCCGAGCCUGAACAACACCCGCAUACUGGCCUCGAAAACCGCGCGGAAAAUCUUCGACGACGCUUCGCCCAAAUCCGUGAAGAAGAGCAGCAGCAGCAAGGAGGUGGAGCCGCUGCUGAAGGACAACCCUCAUCGCUUUGUCAUCUUCCCCAUCCAGUACCACGACAUCUGGCAGAUGUACAAGAAAGCCGAGGCGUCUUUCUGGACCGCAGAGGAGGUGGACCUGUCCAUGGACCAGCAGCACUGGGAGUCUCUAAGGGACGAGGAGCGCUACUUCAUCUCUCACGUGUUGGCGUUCUUUGCCGCCAGCGACGGGAUCGUCAACGAGAACCUGGUGGAGCGCUUCACACAGGAAGUGCAGGUGACGGAGGCCAGGUGUUUCUAUGGUUUCCAGAUCGCCAUGGAGAACAUCCACUCUGAGAUGUACAGCCUCCUCAUCAACACCUACAUCAAGGAGCCCAAGGAGAGAGAAUACCUGUUCAAUGCCAUUGAGACGUUGCCAUGCGUGAGGAAGAAGGCUGACUGGGCGCUCAACUGGAUCGGCAACAGGAGCGCCACCUACGGAGAGCGUGUGGUGGCGUUCGCGGCCGUGGAGGGAAUCUUCUUCUCUGGGUCCUUCGCUGCGAUCUUCUGGCUGAAGAAGAGAGGCCUGAUGCCCGGCCUGACCUUCUCCAACGAGCUCAUCAGCAGAGACGAGGGGCUGCACUGUGACUUUGCCUGUCUGAUGUUCAAGCACCUGGUGAACAAGCCGCCCAAAGAAACCGUCACCGCCAUCAUCAGGAACGCCGUGGAGAUUGAACAGGAGUUCCUGACGGAUGCUCUGCCGGUGAAGCUGAUCGGGAUGAACUGCGAGAUGAUGAAGCAGUACAUCGAGUUUGUGGCCGACAGACUGAUCCUGGAGCUCGGCUUCAACAAGAUCUACCAGGUGGAGAACCCCUUCGACUUCAUGGAGAACAUCUCUCUGGAGGGAAAGACCAACUUCUUUGAGAAGCGUGUGGGCGAGUACCAGAGGAUGGGCGUGAUGUCUGGCUCCACGGACAAAACCUUCAGAGUGGAUGCUGACUUCUGACGAACCAGCCACACCUG